AUGUCAAAAAGGUCAAAAAUCUCUUAAAAUGUCAAAACACGUCAAAACUCAAGUGCAUUUUAGAUGUUUUUUAAUGUUCUUUUUUUAAUAAAUCGUGAAUUAAUUAAACAAUAAUGUGUGGUUGGCAGUGAUCUAUGAUGGGUGAACAUGAGAUUAACGCAGACAGCAGCGUAAAUGAAGUAACUAUUUUAGAAUGCCGCGCAUGUUUGCACAUUAUGAGCCCCGACGCUAUUUUGUUCAAUAUUUUCGAGACGUGGACUCCGCCUUGGGAUGGGAUGGAGAAUACCAUCGCUGAAGACUUGGAGAAGCUUGCUAAUGUGAAGGUUAAACAAUCAGAUAAUCAUUCAAAAGUAAUAUGCAGGACAUGCUAUGAGCUCUUAUACAGCGCUUGCAGCUUUGCAAAGGUUGUGAAAAGAAGUGACCAAAUACUUCAACAGAGGUACCCUCUUGAACAAGAAUUAGAGAAAAAUUGGCCCAAACCAAUACAAAUAGACAAAUCCUUUAACAGUUCUGUGCAAGAGAACUCUAUGAAUGUUGAAAUUAAGCAGGAGGCAUUAUCUGACAAUGAAUAUGAUGAUACUGGUAGUAUUUAUGAAAAUGGGGAUGAGUAUGCUAAGCUUGAUAUCAAGGUGGAACCUGAGGAAAUGAUCCAGCAGCAACCAUCAGAACAGUUUACUAUCAAUGGGUCUUUACCAUUCAAUAUAUUGGGGACUGAUAUUAUGACACAUUUAACAAAUGGAACUAGUGAAGAGUAUUUACUAACGAAAAUUAAGGAGGAACCGUUAAGUGAAGGCGACAUAGAACCAAUACAUGCUGAUCUUCCACUGGUGUGUUUACUGUGCGCUAAAGACUUCAACUGUGUCACUGGCCUAAAGGCGCAUGUCAUCGCCCAACAUUCGUACAAAUCGGUAAAGAGAAAGAUCAAUAACUGUAUAUCGCCAGAAAGGAACAAAAGUAAUUAUGUUUGCCCUAUCUGUAGACGAAAUUUCACAACAUCCACAGAUCUCAUGGUACAUGAAACGUGUCACAAUAAAAGCAUAUGUUACGGAUGUAAUGAGAGUUUUGACACUUUCGAACAGUUGACUAAGCAUAGCCAGUCCUGCAAAGCUAUCGCUAGUCAGGAAGUCAAGAAAUUGAAGACUUUGGAUGACGUUCUAAGGCCACAACCUCCAGAGCAACCUAUCAAAUUAAAAUGCAAGCAUUGUGAUGAAACUUUCACGGACAUGUAUUAUAUGUCGAUACAUCAAAUGAUACACCACUCGAUACCCAGUGACAUGCCCGAAUUGCAAGAAGAUAGUGUGAUGAAAAUAGAGGUAUUGGAGAAUAUAUUUAGUGAUGAUAGUAACACACAGACUGAAGAGUGUAAUAACUCGAAAUGAUUCAUAAGAAAUUAGGCACACAUAGGUAAUAAUAAUAAUAAUUGAAAUGCAUUUCAAAAUAAGAUUAUAUUAUUAUAUCCGAGUUUUUUCAAUGCUGAUUUACUUUUCUUUUCAAAUACCGUUGUAUAGUCAAGGAUAAGACCAAUAAUUUUUAAUAACUGUGCUGUAAAUGUUUCUGUAGCUUAAAUUGUAUGUGAUAAACGGCGAUUGAUUUAAUGUAUUAUUGGCAGUUGAGAAGUGAGUAACAAGUCUCAACGAAAGAUAUUUUCUGAAAAGCUUAAAAAGGCUAGCCCAAAAGAUGAGAAUUUAAAAAAAACUGAUGGUUCAAAAAAAUGCUAUAUAGGCUCAAGUUUUUUAGUGAAAUUUUAGUUUGGUCCUACGCCGCAAACUUUUUAAAACAUCCGGUUUUCCUUUGUUAGUUAACCACCACCAAAAAACCACUUUGUUAUUUAUCAUUAUGGGAAAUAAUGAUAACUAACAAAGUGGUUUUUGGGGUUAGCAACUUUUAAGAAAAUAUUUUUAGUCACUGUCUUUCCUGGCGGAACUGAUAUGGUAGCUCACUUCUCAGUCGUCAAAGACUGAAUCGAAUGUUAUUGGUGAUAUUUUUUAAUAGAAAUCUGAUUUAUGUAUAUAGGUAUUAUAAUGCGUACAAAAUGAGAUCUCACUCGAUAUUUAAACUCUGUGUCAAAAGUUUAAAAUCGUACUUUUGACAUGACAGUUGACACAGAAUUAAAAUGGCGAAUGAGUUCUCAUUCUGUAGGGACUAUAUGCAAGUCUCAUGCCCAUUUGUAAAAAAUGAUGCUUUGUAUCCCAUGUCAUAUCUAUUUGUAAAUAUUUUGUAAUUCCGGUUGUAAUGUAAUGUAUAAUGCGUAAAAUUCGAGGAAGGAUUCGUCUAUUUGCUGUGUCAACUGUCAUGUCAAAAGUAUGGUUACCCACCAUGGCUCCUUGCGGUAGAAUGACAGCUACAAUUUCACAAUCGCAGUAACCUUUGAUUGGUUGACGCUCGCUCGUCAUUGGCUACAAUGUAUUGUU